AUGAUAAGAUUGAUAUCAUCAAAUCACAAUUUUGUCGUGCUCGUAUUAUUAUCUUUAUUAAUUUCCUCCUGCAAUACUAGCAAUCAUCUCAGAGGACAUAUUGAAUAGCAUUAAAAUAAGCAUUUGUCUUCACGCAGAGCCUCUUAAAACCCUUAUGUAGAUUUCAUAGUUGGAUUCUUUUUAAUAUUUGGGGCUAUUGCUUUGUUAUGGUACAAUGAGAGGAGGUUGUUAUUAUAUAACUUAACAAACUUAGAUAGGCAAUCACAGAAUAUCGAUUAGAUGAAGCAAAGAAAUAAUGCACUUCAUGAAUCCUAAUACAAAUAAUUAAUUAAUUCACACUAAUGGUAGAGAUUCAUUUAUAUCAUUCUAAUAGGCGAAACUACUACCAAUGAUCUUGUUGUUGAUGCUGCUUUUGGUUUGUCUUUGAAGGAUUGUGUUAAGCUAGAUAGAGUAGUGGAAAUGUAUUAAUGGGUUCGCAAAACAAAAGAAGAAAAUAAUACCACAGUUUAUUAUUAUGUUUAAGAAUGGAACACAACGUUUCAUUCUGAUUGUGGGGAAGGACACUUUAAUAACAAAAAUUAUUGGAUUGUAGAAUAAGAGACAUAAAUUAAUAUGAAUGUUCGUCUUGGUGCUUAUUUGAUGAGUAAAUCCUUGGCAGAACAAACAAACGCAAAAGAAAGUAUUCCUAUGAAUCUUCAUAAUGCAUAAGUAGUUGCCAAUUUUUAUGGAUAUGAAAAGGGAUUCACCAAUUACGAAGCCAAUGAACAAUAUAUAUAUUUCUAAUAAAAUAAAGGAGCUAUCACUAUGAAUGAUUUGAGAGUCUCAUUCAACGCUUCAAAAACUGGUCCUACAACUGUGAUUACUUAUUAGUAGAAUGAUACAUUUACACCUUUUGUCUUUCAAGAUAAAUUUAAUUAAACUUUGGCUAGGGAUUAAAAUUUUGAAAAUUUGGAUAAUGUGGAAUUCAAUUGUGCAAAUUGUUGUUGCUUUAUUUGCAAAUAUUUUAGAUCAAUUGAAAAACCUAUCACUGAGAUUAAUUGGAUCUAUGAAUCAAUUUUGACAUUAGAUUAGGUUUUUUAAAAAAAAGCAGAUGAAAAUCAAUGUACAACAACACUAUAACGAUUGGGAGGAUACACAAUAAUGGGAGUUGGAUUUUGGUUUAUAUUUUCUCCCAUCACAUUUAUUGUUUCAGUAUUACCAUUUAUUGGAAACUUUUUAGCUUAAAUCACUGUCAGUUUUACAAUAUCGAUACCAUUUUCCAUUUUAAUCAUAGCUUUUGCUUGGUUAUUUUAUCAUCCAAAAUACGGAUUCGCUUUAAUGGGGCUUUCUGCAUUAAUUGGAGCAGGAAUAUAUUUUUACAUUAAAUAUUAAAGUUGA